AUGGGUUCCAGCGAGUCGAAACCUAUCUCCGCACACGUGUGGAAGGCCUCAGCGCCCAACGGCCUCUCACAAGACCUUGUCGACUCGCUACAGUCCAGUAACGAGGUACAUCACCCCCCCAUUCGAACCGCAGACCGAAACACGAUUAAAGUCUACUCGAUUGAAACUAACAAACGUCUUCCCCACCAGACUGAUGCCUCCCGCACCAAGAUCUACGAGCUCCAGAUCCAGGCCCGCGUGGCCGAGGAGCUCAAGAAGCUCCAGCAGCAAGAGGCCGAGGCCCUCAAGGUCGCACACGACAAGCUAAACAGCGCCGAGUUCAAGGAGGAUGGAAGUUUGAGCCAGCACACCGUCAACAAGGAGAUCGAGGCGAUGCGGAAGCGGCUCGAGGAGCGCAAGCAGGUGCGGCCCCUGCCCGAGGCCGUCGAGGGCGCGCGCAACGAGGUCAUCCGAUGCCUGCGGGAGCACGACCGGCGGCCGCUCGACUGCUGGCAAGAGGUGGAGAACUUCAAGGCCGAGGUCAAGAAGCUGGAGAAGUCUUGGGUCGAGAAGGUUGUGUCGUAA